CGACAACAUUAUGUAUUCUAUGCUUGUCCGGAUUUUAUGUUAUUUUAUACCAGUUUCUACUCAACCAAAACGAUAUGUUUUCCCAAAAUGUUAAGGAUGGCGAAUACACAAAAGUAGUUUACAAUCUGAUCAAAGAGGAGCGUUUCAUUGACGUUGUAACAUUAUUAAACAAUUUGCCAGAGUCAUGUACAACGAGAGCAGGUCUAUCCCUGCUGGGUUACUGUUAUUAUCAAUGCCAGGAAUUUGUCGAAGCAUCCAACUGCUACGAGCAACUCUGCCUUCUUAAGCCCGGCGUUCAGGAGUACAGACUCAGCUACGCCCAGUCGUUGUUCCAAUCCGGCUUGUUCGAUGAAGCAUUCAAGAACACCACUCAAAUAACGGAUGAAAAUCUUAAAGAAAAGGUUCUCCAGCUACAAAGUGCUAUACGGUAUUCGAAUGAAGAUUAUGCCGGUGCUCAAUCAAUUUUGUUACAGAGAAAAGUGUCACACGAAUCUACGUUAAAUGACGAGGGAUGUUUGUUGUAUCAGGCUAAUGCACACGACAGGGCUUUGCAGAGAUUCAAUGCAGCUCUUCAAACCGGUGGCUUCAAUCCAUUAAUCGCAUACAAUGCAGCUUUAUGUCAUUUCCGGAAGAGAGAAAACGCCCAAGCUAUGAAUUACAUCGCUGAAAUCGUGGAACGUGGAAUCCGGAAUCAUCCCGAACUCGGAAUUGGCGCUCAAGCUGAGACUGAAGGAGGUGCUCGAAGUGUUGGAAAUCCGCCUUCUCUAGCCCUAUCCGGAUUGGCUCAAAGUUUAAAUCUUAAAGCUGCUAUCGAAUAUCAAGAAGGAAAUUUGGAGGGAGCGCGAGAAGCUUUAAUAGAUCUGCCACCGAGAUCGGAGCCAGAGUUGGAUCCUGUAACACUACACAAUCUCUCAUUGACUGACACUUCGGGAACAGGAACCGGAUUGCGACGACUGGCUUUUUUACUGGAAUUGGGUCCGCCCGCUUGUCCGCCGGAAACGUUUGCUAACAUACUACUGCUGUGCUGUAAACAUGAAAUGUAUGAUACUGCAGCUGAUAUGCUAGCAGAACACGCGCAUCUAACGUAUAAAUAUUUGUCUCCUUACUUGUAUGAUCUACUAGAUGCCCUGAUUACCGUUCAAACGUCACCCGAAGACGCUGAAGAAAAACUAGGAGUUCUAUCGUCACAAUUAGCCGGCCGAUUACGUUCACUGUCAGCAAAAGUGCAAGAAUACCGUGUUAAUUCGGAUCAAGAAUCGUUGAGGAAAACGCUUAAGGAAUACGAGACGGCUUUGGAGAAUUAUCUACCUGUUGCCAUGGCCAGAGCAUGGCUCCCUUGGCGAGAUGAUGAUUUUGCUGGUGCCGAACGAGAAUUCCAUGCAAGCGCUGAAUUUUGCGGUGAGACUCCACAUUGGCAACUGCAUGCUGCCCACGUUCUAUUCAUGCGUGGUGACAAAUACAAGGAAGCGGCAGCAUUCUACGAACCGGUUGUGCGACAGAACUAUGACGAUAUUCUAUCGGUUUCGGCAGCUGUUUUGGCGAAUUUAUGCGUUGCUUACAUUAUGACCACUCAGAAUGAGGAGGCAGAGGAAUUGAUGAGAAAAGUGGAACGAGCUGAAGAGAGAAAGGGUAGCGCCAAUGGUCAAUGUCUUCACCUUUGUAUUGUGAAUUUAGUCAUCGGAACGCUGUACUGUGCAAAGAACAAUUACGAAUUCGGUUUGUCGCGCAUUGCACACGCAUUAGACGGUGGAGUGGGACCUCGUCUGUGUGCCGAUACUUGGUUGCAUGUUAAACGGUGUGUUCUUGGGUUGUUAACUGCAUUUGCUAAGCAAGCUGUCGUUUUGCCAUCGGUUGCAAUUAUGGAGGUGUUGAACUUCUUGCACACUUGCGAAGUGUUCGGACUGUCUAUACCAUCAGUUCUAACGAGCCAGAUCGACGACAAGAUCGAGGAACCCCAGACCAUUGGCGUUGAGUCUCGUAAGCUACGAGCUUUGCUGCUAAAAAUCAUGGAAUAUGAUUAACGCCGCAGAGUAACAAAAUUUUCCGGAUUCAGAAAUUAAAACUUUUUCCAAUUUUAUUUUUUGUCUCACUCUCUCUAAAUAAAAUGUCGUGGUUUUGAUAAA